GCGCGGUCUAGCGUCACGCGCGGUCUGGCGUCACGCCGUAACGCGCUCGUUCCACGUCCGUCCGCGUCAUUGCGGCUGAUUGAACCUGGCGUUUCGGCGGCUACGCGGAGGAAAACGCACCGUGCGAGGUCAAGUCGUCUCGUUCGUGUGGCUUAGUCAACGUCAAUCGGCAAAAUGAACAGGCUCUUCGGACGUGGCAAGCCAAAGGAGCCGCCACCGAGCAUCACGGACUGCAUCGCAGGGGUUGACAGUAGGGCGGACUCGGCGGAGAAGAAGAUAGCCCGGCUGGACGCGGAGCUGAAGAAGUACAAGGAUCAGAUGGUCAAGAUGAGGGACGGGCCGGCUAAGAACGCGGUGAAGGCCAAGGCUCUGCGUGUGCUGAAGCAGCGCAAGAUGUACGAGUCCCAGGUAGACAAUCUGCGGCAGCAGGCGUUCAACAUGGAGCAGGCCAACUAUGCCACGCAGACGUUGAAGGACACCCAGGCGACUGUGGUCGCAAUGAAGGACGGUGUCAAGCAGAUGCAGAAGGAAUUCAAGAAUAUCAACAUUGAUCAGAUCGAGGAUAUACAAGACGACCUGGCAGAUAUGUUGGAACAAGCUGACGAGGUGCAAGAAGCGAUGGGCCGCAGCUACGGUAUGCCAGAAAUAGACGACGACGAGCUGGAGGCGGAAUUGGAGGCUCUCGGCGACGACCUGGCUCUGGACGAGGACACCAGCUUCUUAGACGACGCUAUUAAGGCACCUAGCGCUCCAGACAAAGAACCUGGAGCGAGUUCUGUCAAGAACAAGGACGGCGUUCCAGUGGACGAGUUCGGCUUGCCACAAAUACCUGCUAGCUAAACUUAGAGUACAUCAAAAUUUAUAGAUAAGGCAGACGUAAGAUUAAGAAUAUUCGCAUGCAUGCCCAAAGACGUACAAUCUUCUAAUAACACGGCAUACAGCUUUUCUAAUCGACACCCGCGCGACAUUAGUGAUACUCUGAUAAUGUUAUGUUGACGUAAUCUGCGCAAAAGGUUCAUUUAGUUCCGCAUUACUAAAUUUUUGUUACUCCAAAGUCACUAUUUUUAUUAAACUUUAGUAUUGUACAUAUAUAUAUAUUAAUAAAUUAAUAAAUAUUGAUUAUAAAUAUAGGCAAAUUUUUUGUUGCAUAUGCGAACGACACAAGAUACAUUUAGGGAUUCCAUU